AUGAAGACACCUCAUUUGUAUGAUCAUCGUGGGGUCCAAUCACUAAUGGACCACAAUUCCAAGAGGUCAUACAAUCCAGGUUUCUUCGAGACGGUCACUGAUAACUCCCAAACUCAUCGCAAGUGCGGGUUUGGAGAUUGUGCAACCGCUGGGCCAGACAACGUCCAGCUCAGUCGAGUUCCCCUGCCUCCUACAGGGGUUGAGGAAAGCGGGACUAAAUCGCGUUUCCUCUGCUUCAACGUGGGAUCUCCCAAACCGACGAGGAAGCAAUUUCUCCCUGGGCAAAAUGAAAUCUGCUCGUACGUCUUAAUUGGUGAUGAAGCAUUUGCUUUAAAACCAUACCUUAUGAGACCAUUUCCUUAUAAGCAGACUUUAACAGACAUCAGAAAAGAGAAAUACAAUGACGACUACCGUAAGAUCGUUCGCCUAUUCCGAGAGGAAGAAGUGCCCCAUCACUCUUUUCCUCUCCCUUCGGAACGGAACAUCCAUGCGGUGGUUCGAGGAGUUCCCGUCAACUUUUCGGGUACUGAGAUUAAGGGAGAACUGGAGCAGAGGGGAUAUAGCCCUCUUCACAUCAUUCGAUUGAAGCGCAGCGGCGGCGCGCCCAUGCCUUUGGUGGUCGUGAUACUGCCCAAGACUGAAAAGUCUCAGCAAGUGUUCAACGAACACGAACUGCUGGGACUGGCCAUUCGAGUUGAGUACAGCGACACAGAGACUUUCAAAAUAUACGUAGGAGUGGGGUUCGGACUAGUGUUAGCAAUUGUCCUGGGGAUUUUAUACUGGAACACCGCAUACGGAAGAAGGAACAUGAAAUACGGAACAACCUACGAAGGAUCCCUCAGAGAUAGAGCCUGCAAAAGUCGAUUGAGACGUGCCACAGACGUUGAGAAAGCGCUUACCGAACCGCUGCUCAAGAAACCUAGAAUUCCGCCCGAUGUGCCACCCCCUGAUUUUUAGGACUACUUAUAUAAUUAAGUUUAUAAGAGCUACUCUGUGUGUGUACAUUUUUAUACGUAAUUAUACAUUGUUUUUACAUUGUGUUUAAUAUUUUCACAAGAAUAGAAUC